UCAGCAGAAGAGUUAGAGCGUGAAAGAAGUAUUGUUGUAAGUGGUUUGACAGAAUCAACCAAAAAUCUUCCAUCUGAAAACAUGGCGGACGAUGCUAUUGCAAUAACAAAACUACUCGACUCGCAUGAACUUCUCAAAAAAUGGAAAACAAGUGGCAAAAAAUUUCUAUCUCAAAUCAAUAUGUGGGAAUCAAUGACACCAGAACAAUUACAACGACGAAGAGAACUAAUUGAAGAGUGCACAAGAAAGAAGGGAAAAUCGGCAAUUGGACUUGAUAAUUUAUGGAUAAACAAUAAUUCUCAGAUCGGAGGUACACAUUUUUAG